AAAAAGCAAAGAAAUGGCUAGAGGAAUAUGUGAAUAGCUUAAGUGGAAUUACAAAUAAAAUGAUGCUUGCUCGUGAAUAUACCUACAAAUGUACCUAUAAAAAUACAAUUAAAACUGCACAAGCUAUGUUAUAUCAGAAAAUAG